GGUUACGCGGAGACGCCUGACAAGACCGGGCUUGGGUCGGCGGUGCCGGCCUGGGUUUUGUGGUUGAGACCGUGUCUCCACCACUGAGCCCAGGAAGAUGGUGCUGGGUGGCUGCCCGGUGAGCUACUUACUUCUGUGCGGCCAGGCAGCUUUGCUGCUGGGGAAUCUACUUCUGCUGCACUGUGUUUCUCGGAGCCACUCGUACAAUGCUACCGCCGAGCUCGAGCUCACGUCCGCUAGUGCCACCCACCCAGAGGGCUCUGCGGGUGCUCCAACCUGGGAAUAUGGCGACCCCCACUCUCCAGUCAUCCUUUGCUCUUACUUACCUGAUGAAUUUAUAGAAUGUGAAGACCCAGUGGAUCAUGUUGGAAAUACAACUGCAUCCCAGGAACUUGGUUAUGGUUGUCUAAAGUUUGGAGGUCAGGCAUACAGUGAUGUGGAGCAUACUUCAGUCCAGUGCCGGGCCCUAGAUGGAAUUGAGUGUGCCAGUCCUAGGACCUUCCUGCGGGACAAUAAGCCUUGUAUAAAGUACACUGGCCACUACUUCAUAACCACUUUACUCUACUCCUUCUUCCUGGGAUGUUUCGGAGUAGAUCGUUUCUGUUUGGGACACACCGGCACAGCGGUUGGGAAGCUGCUGACACUUGGAGGACUUGGGAUUUGGUGGUUUGUUGACCUUAUUUUGCUCAUCACCGGAGGGCUGAUGCCAAGUGAUGGCAGCAACUGGUGCACUAUUUACUAAAAAGAGCUGCUAUUACUGCCCAGGGAGUCAAGUGAAUGCUCUGUCUUCUGAAUUCAUCUCUACAGGCUCAAGAAUUCUUCUUUGAUAUAACACCUGAACAUUAUUUUCCCUCUUUGGAGGGAAUGGGUUUGGUGAAGAAGGAUUCUGUGGACUUCCAACCUUAAAUCUUACCUUGCAGACUAGAAAUGACAAGCAGUAUUGUGGGAAUCAAAUUUGUACCUUUCCUCAUGUACAAAAUAUAAAGGAUAGUGUCUAACUUAUGAACUACAGAUGGUUUUCUCUACUCUUUAUUUCUGUACGUUGCUAUGUCUUCAGUUCUUUGAAGCAGGUGGACCCAAAGGGAUGAGCAAAAUGAAUAUUUUUAUCUGUGUGCCUUUUGUGACCCUGAAUCUUCUUGCAGAGAAGAUCCAAAGCUGAGCCAAUGAAAAUCUUGAGGAGAAGUAGAAAUGGCUAUGGAUCUUAAUACUCAAAUGAAAUCCGUACUUUCUGAAUUUAAAAUACAGAAUAAAUUUUGCCAACAUGGA